GAUCGCGGCGGGGAAGGGCCCGGGCAGGAGGGCUUCCCGCACCCCGGCGUGCGUGAGGCCGGGCGCGCGUCCCGCCGCCCCGGCUGCCCUGCGCCGCGCCGCCGUUCGGAAGGGGCCCGGCGGCGUGGUCGGAUGCGCUGUGGGGGUGUGCGGGAGGCCCGCCUUCGCGCCCGCAGGCUUUCGGCCUCUCUGCUGCCUUUUGCUGGAAACCCUUUCCUUCGAGUGGGAUUUACUGAAGCCCCUGAGAGACACUGGGAAAGAAACAGCAGCUUCUUUCAGCUCCUUUUGGGUUUUUGUGUUUUGUUUUUUUUUUAAAUCUGUUAGAAGUUCAGACGGCAGCAGAAGAUACGGGCUUUCCCUGUGCCCGCAGUGCUGCGCUGGUACUGAUGUGGACGUGUGAACCACACUGGAGAAACGAAAAUGUCAGCUUACUGUUCAAGUUGUACUGCCUCACAGUGAUGACCCUGGUUGCUGCGACAUACACGGUCGCGUUGCGGUACACAAGGACAGUGGAGACAGAACUCUACUUUUCAACAACGGCUGUGUGCAUCACUGAAGUUAUCAAGUUGUUCUUGAGUGUGGGCAUAUUGGCUAAAGAGACUGGAAGUCUGGCAAGGUUAAUAACAUCUUUAAAAGAAAAUGUAUUUGGAAGUCCUACAGAAUUGCUAAAAUUAAGCGUUCCAUCUCUGGUGUAUGCUCUCCAAAACAACAUGGCGUUUGUGGCUCUUAGCAACUUGGAUGCGGCAGUCUACCAGGUGACGUACCAGCUGAAGAUCCCUUGUACAGCUUUAUGUACAGUCCUAAUGCUAAACCGUACCCUUAGUAAGUUGCAGUGGUUCUCUGUCUUCAUGCUGUGUGGUGGUGUUACCCUCGUUCAGUGGAAGCCUGCUCAGGCUACAAAAGUACAGGUGGAGCAGAAUCCAUGGCUAGGGUUUGGAGCGAUUGCUGUUGCUGUGUUGUGUUCAGGAUUUGCAGGAGUUUAUUUUGAGAAGGUCUUAAAGAGUUCAGAUACCUCCUUGUGGGUGAGGAAUAUUCAGAUGUACUUAUCCGGGAUCGUGGUGACUUUAUUUGGUGUGUACAUGUCAGAUGGAGCCCAAGUUCUUGAGAAAGGGUUUUUCUAUGGCUAUACCUACUACGUCUGGUUUGUCAUCUUCCUCGCCAGCGUAGGUGGUCUCUACACUUCGGUCGUUGUUAAGUACACAGAUAACAUUAUGAAAGGCUUUUCUGCAGCGGCAGCCAUUGUUCUUUCUACUGUGGCAUCGGUCAUCCUCUUUGGCCUCCAGAUAACUGUUACCUUCUCCCUGGGUGCUCUCCUGGUGUGUAUUUCUAUUUACCUCUAUGGAUUACCUCGACAAGACACCACAAAAAUCCAGCCAUCAGAGACUAAGAGCUCAAAAGAAAGACUUGCUACUGUGUGACAUUGUCCAUAAAAAUGGACAGAGAAGAAAAAAUGGACUUUAAAAAAAACCUUGCAUUUUUAAAAAAUUAGCCUUAAGCUAGUUGUGAAACGGUGUAAGUGGGAUAGACUAAAAGCAGAAGUUAGUUCUUGUCUUACACGUGAAGCUUCCAGUGGCUGAUGCGGAGGCUACGCUACAGCCGAGGAGCUGGACAGGUACUUUAUCGAAGGUAUUCUUCAUUCGCAUCGAACAAUGGAGAGUCCCAUUUACAAGGAAAGCCGGAUGAAGGAACAGAACACUCAAUUGUACAUAAUGUAUAUAAGGGAGGGAAGUUGGUUCUUUGUGCGUUUGAUAAACUGUCUUGCCCUUCGAGGGCAGAAAUGCCCAAAAGCUUCAUAAAAAUCUGUUUAAAAGA